AUGCGUCCACUUGCCAACGAGCCGUCAUGGUCCACCAUCGUUCGCGACGAAAACACAGUUGGUCCAGGGUCCGAGCUGCUGUCCGAUCAACACAGCCGGUGGACAGAUGGGAUCGCGGAUAACUCAUUCGGACUUACCCUCCGCACGUCGUUCCCGUUCGACGAAGUGGCUGCAAGGCUCCGAUAUGCAAUCGCACACCUGCGGUUCACGAGUCCCCUGGUCGCGUCCACCUUGGAAGAGGGCAUCCACGGUCCGCGAUUCCGCUCUUGGGUCUACACACCUGCAAGUUCCGUCCAAGACGCCAUCGACUGGGCGCAGGCCGCCGUCGUCGUUUUACCUUACCGCAUCCAUGCCGAUGACCUCGUGUCGGAAGUUGUGAAGGUCAAGCUGCCGUACGUCCUCCCAAGCGGGCGCGAGCUCAUCUUCCGCUGCUUCCUCGCCCGAUCGAGCGCAGCUAGCCCCGAUGGCGGCGACAGCAAGCUGGAGGCCUCGGACGACGUGGUGUACAUCGUAUUCCACAGCACGCACGUCAUCCAGGACGCACGGUCCACCUCAACGCGUUUUCGCUCAGGCGAAGAACCUACCUGUGGGGCCCGUGACAGCGACGGGCGGGCCGCGCCCGAACUGGGAGACGGAGGGAAUGGCACUGAUGGGCAAGAUCAUGCAAGAGUAUGCGAACCCGGUGCGAUCGCUCGCCUCACGCCUCAGCGUCCUGAGCUCGGCGUCCCUGCACGGCUUGUCAAGAUUGUGGCAGCGCUGGACGAGGACCAGACAGCGCGGGUCGUCGCCGCGACGAAGGCGUCCGGGUUCACGAUGUCGCAUCUCCUCGUCGCCGCGCACAAACUCGCUGUCCUGUCCUACCACGACACGACCGACCCCUCUGUCCGCGGAGCUCGCAUCCAGAACCCUAUGGUACCCUUUGCCUUGCAACGGCGCUACCAGGUGCCUUCCCAUGACGACAAGGGCAAGUUCGUCUCCGCGAUCUGCUGGAUCCCCAUACGCGCCUCCAUGCGCGCGUUCAAGGCCCAGUACGAUGAACACCAGCGGAACCCGCACCUCCCCCACGUCAGCGCUGCUAUUGUGGCGCUCGCGCCGCCGAACCAACCCGCCGUGUCGAACAAUCCGUACUGCAGUAUUAUCUCUAACAUAGGCGCCACGGAGGCUUGGCUGCCGGAUCACUGGUAUCGAGACAACGCGGAGAAGGGGGAAAUCCGAUCAUUGAGGUAA